AAAUAAAGUCUGACAAAAAAGUCUGAAAUCACAAACUUCUAUUUUCGCCAGUGAUGCUUUUAUUUUGAUGAUCGUACCGGAAGUGUAACAUCUUCAAUCCGGGUACUUUGACGGUUCGUCGCUGGCCGCCCUGGGCAGAGAGAACCUCGGCUGUUGCUCUGCUUGUUUGGUCGCGAGGAGACGGCUGUUUAUUCUCAUCGUUUUACAGGACUUAAAGACUAAAACAGUCAACUUCAGAGUAAAUACUACUACUACUACUUCUAGUAAACUCACAGGACAAUGAAUGGUAAGUCAUCGAACGGUUCUCACGGAGGAAUGGCCUGUAUCGAGGGUCUGCCGCCGCUGCCGAAGAGCCUGAGCGGGCUGCUGAACUCGAGCGGCGGCUCCUGGAGAGACAUGGAGAGGAUGUACGUGAAGAAGACCAUGAUCCAGGACGACCUGAGCAGAGGCAGGAACACCGACAACCUGCUGGCCAACAAGCCGGCCAACCUCGACGCUGCUCUGGCUCUCCUGCGGAAAGAGAUGGUGGGUUUGCGUCAGCAGGACAUGUCCCUGCUGUGCCAGCUGUGGUCGCUCCACGAGUCCAUCCAGGAGUACAAGGGCAGCUGCCAGGACCUGAGCGCCGCCUCCAGCCUCAGCAUGAUGGAGAACGGCUACUUCGACGAGGACGACGAGUAUUACCCGGAGCCUGGCGCCACACCCACCGGGGACCAGCCGGACGGGGAGGUCGGAGACGGGACGGCAACAAUGGCAGCGUCCAAGAAUGGGAGCGGCAAAGACGACAGCUGGGACUCCUUUCACGUCACCAUCUGAGGCCUCAUUCUUCAGCGUUCUUCUGCAGACGGAUACAUACUGAAAAGACUUGAGGAAAAGUUGAGUGGCUCUGGAAACCUUUUGGCCUCCAAGACAUUAGUGGUAGCAGUUUAUGGUAUGUCAUUACCGUAAUAGACUCGUCCUCCUCAGGUGAAACACACACCUGCUUGUGCUGCAGAAGGUUCUUUUUGCAGCGUAACCAGGAGCUUCAUCAGACUGCGGGGCUGAGAGGCCGGGUGUUUUGACCUUCUCUCAAUCUCAGGAGUUGAGAUGGAUUGUAUUCCAAGACUCCAUAUACUCAAAAUUAGGCAAUAUAUACAUAUAUAUAUUAUUUCUUUUUAUAAACAAGCUCUACUGCUGCUUCUAUAUCAAGUGGUUUUACUAGCCAGUCUCCCUUUUUGGCAGACCUUUUUUUUUUUUUUUACAUAUACAAAAUAUAUGAACAAAGUUGUAUUAUUUAUUAUAUAAUAUAAAUAACAAGAUAUUUGCUUUCCUGUUGCUCUCUACGGAUGUUUUGUACUCUACCCAGGUACACGGGUACAUCAUUUACUGGUUGGGAAUCACAGAUAAUGGGACUUUAAACGUAAACACAGUGGACUCUGCAAUCAGUGUCGGCGCAAAAGAGACGAUCGACGGCGUGGACAUGCUGACGGAGACGGUGUGUGUGUGUGUGUGUUACUUUUAAGUGGUGAAAUCUUUCAUUUACAUGGACAGACAUUGUCAGACCUGAAGAAGAAUGGAGUCCUUCAUACCUGCUCAAAGUGUAAAAAUGCUUGUUAACAGAGUGAGCUUUGGUACAGGAGUGGAGGCUACACUUUUCUGCCUUUUUUACACAGAGCUGAUGUUUGCUCUGAAAAUGUGAAAUGUUCAAAAUGCUGGAGACGGUUUCAACCUGAACCCUCAGAGCUGUUAGAGCUUGGACAACUUUGAUGCGCCACUGUUUUCUGACUGGGUGGUUUCGAUCUGGCAAAUCAUGUUUUAUACUCUGCUGAGGCUACUCACUUUCAUGAUGCAUCGACUGAGGAGUUAAAGCAUAAUCCCGGUUUAUUACAACUUGGGUGUUAUUUUCAUAGUUAUGGCCGUCAAUCAGACAGUCAGACAGGGAAAGUGUUCCCUUGUGCAGUAUCAUCAUAACUGACAGAAACGACUAUGAAAAUAAGGCUCAAGUUGUAAAUCAGCAGCAACACAGACAUGUAGCAAGCGCUUACUAGCCAGCACUGAUUGAAAAAUAAUCAGGAAAAAACUGGAUAAAAUGAUUUAUUCAGCCAUUUCAACAUAACCAGCUUUGAGACUUUUCUUCUUAAUGUACUCUCAAAUAAAUAUAUUGCCAAUAAUUGAG